GCAGAUGCACGGCCACAAAUCGCGGAUGGAGCAGAAAGCGAUGAUAAGAAAGCAAGAUAGCGCGUCCUAAAUUUGUAAUUGGUGCGUGUCUCAUGCUCCGGCAACCAAUGCGCAUCCUUUCUCCACAUCAGCUGGCACCGAGGGGCAUUUGUCGACGUCACUGGACUUUUUAUUUUUUUUUUUAGGUUCCAGCACCAGAGCCUUCCGUCCUUCCUUCCUUCCUUUCCUUGUGCCUGCCUGCUCCCCUCUUUCUACACCGCCCACACCUUCUCAACCAUUGAUCCGACCACUCGCCAGCUUCUUCGCCUCAUUACAUCACCCGCUGUGCGCUUUUGUGCAUUUUUUUUUUUUUUUUUUUUGCACCGACGGUGCAAACUAACCCCCCAUAUUUUGGGGAUUUUUCUUCUAACCCUCUCGCGACCUCUUUGAAGAGAAUCCCACCAUGGCGAGCACGGAGGAUAAACCGACCAACAAGACGGAGGCAUCCAGCUGGAAGGACUCCUUCUAUAACCCGAGGACCGGAGAGGUUCUGGGGCGCACAGCCGGCAGCUGGGCCCUCAUCUUGUUGUUCUACUUGGUGUUCUACUGCUUCCUGGCUGGUAUGUUCGCCCUGACCAUGUGGGUGAUGCUGCUCACUCUGGAUGAGAACAUACCCAGGUACAGAGACCGCGUUCCCUUCCCAGGAUUGGUCGUUCUUCCCAACUCUCUGGACAUCACUUUCAGCAAAUCCGAUCCCCUGAAUUAUGCGCCAUACGUGGAAAGCCUGGAGAACUUCCUGCAAAAGGGUUACAAUGACACCGAACAGGAGAAGUAUCUGGACUGCCUCGAAGGGCAGUAUUUCCUGCAGGACGAUGCACUGGAAAAGAAAGUCUGUCGCUUCAGGCGCGGCUACCUGAGUCUCUGCUCCGGCCUGUCCGACAUUAACUUUGGCUACUCUGAGGGAAGACCGUGCGUGCUCCUGAAACUCAACAGGAUCAUUGGCCUGAAGCCUCUCGGGGACCCCUACGUCAACUGCACCGUCAAAAAAGACAACCCGGUUCAGAUGCAGUACUUCCCCCGAAAGGGACGCAUUGACAAGAUGUACUUCCCCUACUAUGGCAAGAAAGCACAUGUGAAUUAUGUUCAGCCUCUGGUUGCUGUCAAGCUGCUGCUCAACAAGGAGGACUACAACAAGGAGCUGUCGGUGGAAUGCCGGGUAGAGGGCUCCAACCUGCGCAAUAACGACGAGAGGGAUAAGUUCCUGGGUCGCGUCACUUUCAGGGUCAAGGUGGUGGAGUAAAAAGGAGGAAAAUGGACGGUCAAAGGGAACCCCCACCCCCCACCCCACCCCACGCCCAACAGCAGCCUCCCACCCCCGGUGCAGAGGCUGCACACAUUCGCUAAGGAAGGAAGUAUCAAAUCACUCUCAAGACAGCAUUCGGGCUGAGAUUAGUCUGGCCCAUCGCCGGUUACAAAUGUUGCGUUGAUGAUGUUAAUGACCCUUCUUUCCUUCGAGAUUCCAUACCGACCUCU